AUGAAGGAUGAGAAGAACGAGAAAGACGAGAUCGUGAUCCAGGCAAUUCCCACAGCCUCGCUGCAGGACGCCGAAAGCUCGCAGGAGUUCCUCGCGGCGGAGCAUGCGUUGACCUUCUGGCCCGCUCUGCGACAGCACUGGCCAACCGUGGCGUGGGCAUUAUUCAUGAAUUUGGAUGGCGGCGUCGUCAAAGGCAUAGUCGGACUGGACGUCUUCAAGCAGAACUACGGCUACGAGCAUGAGGGACGCUACAUUCUGGCCGCCCGCUGGCUGUCGGCCUUCAACUACGCCAACCUGCUGGGCGCCAUUGUCGGGGCGCUGUUCGCCGGCCUCGCCUACGACCGCUUCGGGCCGCGCAUCGUGCUCACGGGGUGCUCGUGUCUGUCGAUCGGCUUCAUCUUCGUGCAGUUCUUCAGCCAGACGCCCGCCCAGCUGUUCGUGGGCGAGCUGAUCAACGGCUGCGUCAUCGCCUUCUACCCCAUCUGCGCCUCCGCCUACGUCGGCGAGGUGACCCCGCUGCCGCUGCGCGGGUUCGCCGCCACGAUGACCAACCUGGCCUUCUCCAUCGGCUCGUUGAUCGCCUCGGGCAUCCUGAAGGGGACCACCUCCCUCGCCAGCGACUGGUCCUACCGCAUCCCCAUCGCCACGCAAUGGGCCCUGCCGUGCAUCAUGCUGGCCCUCGUGCCGUUCUGCCCGGACCCUCCGUACUGGCUGUGCCGGCAGGGCCGCCCCGAGGCCGCCGCCGCCUCGCUGCGCCGCCUCACCGUCCGCGGGGGCGCCAUCGGGCCCCGACUCGCCCACAUCCAGGAGACGCUGCGUCUGGAGGCCAGCUUCCAGCCGCCCACCACGGCCAGAAGCCUGGAAUGCCUGCAGGGCCCCAACCGCCGCCGCCUCCUGAUCUGCGUCAUGGCCUACAGCAUGCAAGCCUUCACGGGCAAUGUCUUCUUCAUCAACUACGCGGUGCAUUUCAUGGAGACGGCGGGGCUGAACGCCUCGCACGCCUUCUCGAUGAACCUCGGCCUGAGCGCCCUCGGCCUGCUGGGCACCAUCCUGUCGUGGCCGCUGCUGGCCUACGUCGGCCGCCGCACCAUGUAUCUGACGGGUUGCUCCGCGCUGGCCCUGACGCAGCUGCUGAUCGGGGUGCUGGACGUCGUCCCCCGCGGCACGGGCACGACCUGGGCGCAGUGCGCGCUCAUGCUGGCGUGCACGCUGGUGUACGACGUCAGCCUGGGCCCGUUCUGCUACGUGCUGCUGGCCGAGGUCUCGUCGAUGCGGCUGCGCGGGGUCACCAUCGGCCUGGCCACGGUCAGCUGCUUCGUGUGGUCGGUGGUGUUCGCCGUGGUGAUCCCCUACGCCAUGGACGCGGACGAGGGCGACUGGGGCGGCAAGCUGGGGUUCUUGUUCGCGGGUACCAGCCUCGUCUGCGCGGCCAUGUGUUUCUGGUGGCUGCCGGAGACCCAGGGGCGCACGUUCGAGGAGCUGGACGCGAUGUUCGAGCAGGGGGUGCGCAGUCGGCGGUUUCGGCGACCAGAGAAGAAUUAG